CAACUCGCGGCCCAAUGGCAGCGGCGCGCGGGCACGCCGGGGGUGGGCCCGGCGCGCCCGACUUUUCCAGAAGACCCGGAUAGUACCUCCCAGCCACGCCGAGCCGGCUCUGGGCACUCUGCACGCCGGCUUUUCCCGUCUUCGUCUGUUAAACCUGCCAUGGCGGCCGUGAAGACCCUGAACCCCAAGGCCGAGGUGGCCCGAGCCCAGGCGGCGCUGGCGGUCAACAUCAGCGCGGCUCGGGGGCUGCAGGACGUGCUGAGGACCAACUUGGGGCCUAAGGGCACCAUGAAGAUGCUUGUUUCUGGCGCCGGAGACAUCAAGCUUACCAAAGACGGCAAUGUGCUGCUUCACGAAAUGCAAAUUCAACACCCAACAGCCUCCUUAAUAGCAAAAGUGGCAACAGCCCAGGAUGACAUAACUGGUGAUGGUACUACUUCCAAUGUCCUAAUCAUUGGAGAGCUGCUGAAACAGGCGGAUCUCUACAUUUCUGAAGGGCUUCAUCCCAGAAUAAUCACUGAAGGAUUUGAAGCUGCAAAGGAAAAGGCCCUUCACUUUUUGGAACAAGUCAAAGUAAGCAGAGAGAUGGAUAGGGAAACACUUAUAGAUGUGGCCAGAACAUCUCUUCGUACUAAAGUUCAUGCUGAACUUGCAGAUGUCUUAACAGAGGCUGUGGUGGACUCCAUUUUGGCCAUUAAAAAACAAGAUGAACCUAUUGACCUCUUCAUGGUUGAGAUCAUGGAGAUGAAACAUAAAUCUGAAACUGACACAAGCUUAAUCAGAGGGCUUGUUUUGGACCAUGGAGCCCGGCAUCCUGAUAUGAAGAAAAGAGUAGAAGAUGCGUACAUCCUGACAUGCAAUGUGUCAUUAGAAUAUGAAAAAACAGAAGUGAAUUCUGGCUUUUUUUACAAGAGUGCAGAAGAGAGAGAAAAACUAGUAAAAGCUGAAAGAAAAUUCAUUGAAGAUAGAGUUAAAAAAAUAAUAGAACUGAAAAAGAAAGUUUGUGGUGAUUCAGAUAAAGGAUUUGUUGUUAUUAAUCAAAAGGGAAUUGACCCCUUUUCCUUAGAUGCUCUUGCAAAAGAAGGCAUAGUAGCUCUGCGCAGAGCUAAAAGGAGAAAUAUGGAGAGGCUGACUCUUGCUUGUGGUGGAGUAGCUCUAAAUUCUCUUGAUGACCUAAAUCCUGACUGCUUGGGACAUGCGGGACUUGUUUAUGAGUAUACAUUGGGAGAAGAGAAGUUCACCUUUAUUGAGAAAUGUAACAAUCCUCGUUCUGUCACAUUAUUGGUCAAAGGACCAAAUAAGCACACACUCACUCAAAUCAAAGAUGCAAUAAGAGAUGGCUUGAGGGCUGUCAAGAAUGCUAUUGAUGAUGGCUGUGUGGUUCCAGGUGCUGGUGCAGUAGAAGUGGCAAUGGCAGAAGCCCUAAUUAAAUAUAAGCCCAGUGUAAAGGGUAGGGCCCAACUUGGAGUCCAAGCAUUUGCUGAUGCAUUGCUCAUUAUCCCCAAGGUUCUUGCUCAGAACUCUGGUUUUGACCUUCAGGAAACGUUAGUUAAAAUUCAGGCUGAACAUUCGGAAUCAGGUCAACUUGUGGGUGUGGACUUGAACACAGGUGAGCCAAUGGUGGCAGCAGAAGUAGGCGUAUGGGAUAACUAUUGUGUAAAGAAACAGCUUCUUCACUCCUGCACUGUGAUUGCCACCAACAUUCUCUUGGUUGAUGAGAUUAUGCGAGCUGGAAUGUCUUCUCUGAAAGGUUGAAUUGAAGCUUCCCUUGUGUCUGAAUAUUGAAAACUCUCCAAAGUGAUCCUGAGGAAGAUAGCUGUGGAAUUUUUGUCCAAGCAUCAAGUGGUUUUCAAAGGAAUUUUCUUUGCCCAUAUGAAAAAAGGAGAGAACACUGGCACCUAUUUAAAUUCUGAAGUUCUGAAAUUAUAAUUACAGUAUUUUUUAAAUUGCACUGAAAUACACACACAUAAAAGGAGGUCCUUUUUACCUAGCGAACAGAAUGUUUUGCUUUAGCUGCAGUGACAAAUUACAUGUUAGAUAAACAUAUGUUAUCUACCUUGUUAUUAAAUAUUCCUUGAAAAAUUUUAAUGGUUUAAUAAUUUCUUAUGUGGAUGUAUUUUAUCCAACAGUACCCUACUGUUAAGCAUUUAAGGUGAAAAUUUUUAUGCUAAUAUAAAUAACAAGUAAUUUAUGAUUUUGAAAGCAUCCCUGUUUCCUUAGUAUAAAUUUCUAUGAGUAAAAUUAUUGGAUCAGUUAGACUUACCACGCUUUUGAAAUAGCUUUGCUAAAAUGUUCCCCCAGAAAAGUGGGAGAUAGGAGGAGUAAACUAGAGCCAGGGGAGUCCAGAGUGGCAAAAGUAGACGAGGCAGAAGUAAGAUGGCUGAAGGCCUGGUGACAAAGAACUAAAUAGGGCUACCAGGUGAAAUGUGAGAUUUUUAGGCUGACAGUAUUUUCAAGCCUCUGAACUUUGCUGAUGCGAAAUAUCCAUCUCAAAUCCCCUAGUAUCGUGUUUUUUCACUUGGCUUACUGUUCUCUCCUACAUGUUUCCACGAGAUUGUUUUUAUAUCGUUGGUCUCUCUGCAGUCCUUGAAGGUGAAGUUGUGUGUUACUCAGCUUUGUAUUUUGAGGGCGUUAGCAGCUGCCUACAGUAAGAGUGCAAUAAAUGUUUAGUUGAAACA